GGCGCGGAGAGCAGAACGGGGGUGGUUGCCGGAGCUUCUGCCGGCUGUCUCUGGGUCUUCUUAGGUCUCGCCGCGCGGCCCUGCCAGCGGGGCAGUCAGCCUACGAGGAGAUAAAUUAAUCAUCGUAACAACGGGAAUUUUCUCGUCGAGGAGCGAGGCAGCCAAUCGGCGCCCGGCGUCCGGUUGCCUGGCGGCGUCGGCGAGAGGGAAGCAUGGCGGCCACCGGAACGGCGGGCACAGGAGCGGCGGCGCGGACCGAGCCCGCCUCUCCAGCUGCAGGGGGUUUGGUAGUUAACUGGUCAGGUCAAGGAUUGCAAAAGCUGGGUCCAACAUUACCCUGUGAUCCCAAUACUCACACUCUGAUUCUGGACAAAAACCAGAUAAUUAAAUUGGAACAUUUGGAAAAAUGCAGGAAUCUGAUGCAGUUGUCUGUAGCCAACAAUCGUUUGGUACGAAUGAUGGGUGUAGCAAAACUGACUCAGCUCCGUGUUCUAAACUUGCCUCAUAAUAGUAUUGGGUAUGUAGAAGGGCUGAAGGAGUUGGUGCACCUGGAAUGGCUCAACUUGGCAGGAAACAAUCUUAAGGCCAUCGAACAAAUGAAUUCCUGCACAUCUCUUCAGCACCUUGAUUUGUCAGACAACAACAUAUCUCAGCUAGGAGAUCUCUCAAAACUUAUGUCUCUGAAGACCUUGUUGCUGCAUGGAAAUAUUAUAACUUCACUUCGUACUGCCCCUGUUUGCCUACCUCAGAAUCUGACUGUCUUUUCUUUGGCAGAAAAUGAAAUCAGAGACUUAAAUGAGGUUUCUUUCCUGGCUUCCCUCCCUCAACUGGAACAGCUGUCAAUAAUGAACAAUCCUUGUGUGAUGGCCACACCUUCAAUCCCUGGCUUUGACUACAGGCCAUACAUAGUCAGCUGGUGUCUCAACCUUAAAGUUCUUGAUGGAUACAUGGUUUCUCAGAAGGAAAGUUUGAAAGCAGAAUGGCUCUACAGUCAAGGUAAAGGAAGAUCAUAUCGACCUGGGCAGCAUGUUCAGUUAGUCCAGUACUUGGCUACUGUUUGUCCUCUUAUAUCUACAUACGGUCUCCAGACUGAAGAAGAUGCCAAACUGGAAAAAAUACUGAGUAAGCAAAGGCUCCACCAAAGGCAGCUGAUGUAUCAAAACCAAAAUGAAGGACCAGCUACAUCUUCUGCUUCCAACAGAACUUUGCCUGUUACUUCUGAACACAGCAGUCCAACCCAUCCACCCCAGAUAGUUCUUGAUAAUGAACGUGUCAUCCAGAAGAAUUCCUGGGUUGGACCAAGUGUGAAUGAUGAUCAUUCCUAUGCGGUAAAGAACACUUUUCUUCAUGAACGAAAUUGUCACAAGGAGCUGUACCUUGAAGACAUACAGACUGAUGAAGACAAACUAAAUAGCAGCCUGUUAUCUUCAGAGUCUACUUUCAUGCCAGUUGCUUCAGGAUUGUCUCCAGUGUCUCCUGUUUCAGACCCGAAGUUAUGUGGAAUCAGUUUGGACCUAGAAGAUAACGAUAGUACUGUAAUUGAAUUUGCAAAAGAUGCAAAUAGAGGAGAAACAGCUAACAAGCAAGAAGAAACUUCUUGGCUUAUGAAAGAGGACUCCAACAAAGUGACAGAAAGUGUAGAAACUCGAGAGCAAAUCAAAGACAGGGUGCAGUUAUCAUCUCUUGAUCUGGUAAAGGCUAACCAGGCUAAUGCUAGCAAUUCUUCAGCAUCCUCUGAAGACCAAGUUUUGCACAGUCAGCCUGGCAACUCAGUAGGUGCUGAAUUGAAAGUUACAACACUCUGUACUGAGCAGGUGACAAGAGAAAAUUCGGAUCGUUUAGCUGCUGUUGCUCAAGGUGCAGAUGAACUGCACAGAAUGACUAAAGCAGCUACCAAGCUUCAAGCCUGCUGGAGGGGGUUUUAUGCAAGGAAUUACCACCCCCGAGUCAAGGAAGUGAGAUAUGAAAUUCGACUGAGCAGGAUGCAGCAGCACAUAAUUUGUUUAACUGAUGAAAUACAAAAACUAAGAAAAGAAAGAGAGGAAGAUAAGAUUCAGAGGCUUGUACAGGAGGAAGCUGUCAGAUUUCUUUGGAAUCAGGUUAAAUCCCUUCAACAGUGGCAGCUUAUGGUGACACAACACUUAGGUGCUGCUUGUCAACCUGGGAUCCCUUCAGCUGGUACUUCUUGUCUAUUGGAACCAUCUGCUCAAACAUCUACACCUGAGCAAGAAACCCCAUCAGAUGUUAGUUCUGCUUGGUUAGCUCCAGCUAGUGAUGUUCUUCAGGAGAAGUCUUUGUUACAAUUCCCAGAUUCUGGUUUUCAUUCUGCCAUGACUGACCAGACUCAUACUGGUGACUCGUGUAGCUAUGAAAAGAGUCUAACAGAAGGAACUGAGGGCUCUCUUUCGGUGGAAACUGUCAAACAGUGUGGCAAUUCUGUUUCAGAACAUUCUUCAGAUGUAGAAGAUGACCAUGGGGGAUGUGAACAAAGCAGAGAGAGCUCUAAUAAUGAGCAGGACAACAGGCUUCUACAGCAGUAUUUGGAAUCUGUUGAGCAACUAGAAGAGGCAGAUGAAGGGACGAACUGCAAUGAUGGAAGAGAAGAGGGUGGCUGGCCACAAAUUGAUAUUUCAGCUGAGAGCCAAGAUUCUUCUUCUGACAUUCUCUCUGUAGGUAUCCCUCAAGGCACAUCUUCCCCGACACGAGGUGAAAUGAGUCAGACACCUGACAGCUGCAAACUGAAUUCAGGAAUCGGUGAAGGGAAGCAAACAGACUGUGAUUCUUCAUUUCAGAUGCUGCAUGUUGGAAUAGCUGUGUAGUAGGCUCUAUUUCACUAAGGACUAGGGAUUCCAUUUCAGUUUUCUUUGUUCUUUUUCUGCAUUUAUAUAAAACUUAUUUCCGUGUG